AUGAUUUCACAUACAAAUAAUUACACUGAUCAACAAUAUAAUUAUUUUCCAAAGCCAUUUAUCUUAAAUAAAACUAAUACUAAUGUUAAUAAUAGUGAUAAUAUUACUAAUAAAAGUAAUGAUAAUAAUAAUAAUCAACUAAUACACUUGAAUAAGCAUUCAUCUUCAUUUAAAUCUAUUUUAAACACUGAAACAACAUCUAAAUUAGAUAAAUCAUUCAGAACUGUUAGAAAAUACUUAAUUACUGAAAGUAAUCCAAUUUACUACUACUCAAUGGAUACGCCUAAUAAAAAUGACAAAUUAAUUUUAAAAAAGGAACUACCAAAUGUUAAGCAAAAAAUUGAUCAGUUUAACAAAAUUGCUUAUAACCAUAUGUUUAAAUCACGCAGUAAUAUUCCAAUUAUAAAGUUGAAUAAUAAUAAAUUUCCUUGGACAAAUGAACAAUUCUAUUUGAGACAAGUGAAUAAAACACUUAAUCUUUGGAAUUCUAAUGAACAACUAAAUUCAAAGUCAGUUGCUAUGCCAAAUAUAACUACCUUCUCAAACAUUAACAAUCAGCACAAUCAUGAAGGAUUUAUUGAUUUCAAUUAUGAUGCACUUUCAGUUAAAGGCAUAUUCAAAAAUUUAAAUCAAGAAUCUAUUGAACUAAAAAAUACUUUAUCAACAGAUAAACAAUAUAAGUAUCACAAGACUAAAAGUGAACAUUCAUUUAUAAUUUCUAAUCAUUCAAAUGAAUCAGAUAAAUAUUCUUCUCAAACUGAACAAAAUCAACUACUCAUUGGGGGAAGAUUAGAAAAUAAGAAAGAAGAUAAUGACAGCAACAACAAUUUAACUGUAGAUGAAUUUAUAAAUAAUAAUAUAAUACAAAAUGUUAACCUGUUGUCUGAACAGUUCACACUAUACGUUUAUAGAAAUUCUAAUCAAAAUUUAGGAUUUUCAGUAUCACGUUUGAACUCAUUAUUCGACGAAACUUCAAAUUAUUACGUAGUCAUCAGUGGUAUUCAACUUCCCAAUAAAAACAGUCAUUUACGAAUUGGGGACUGUAUUUUAUCAGUAAAUGAAAUAAAUUUAAUUAACAUGGAUUUAAUGAAAUCAGUUAGAUUAUUAAAAUCAACACCAUUUCCAAUUCAAUUAAAAAUACAAAGGUUGAAUAAAAUCAAUUUGUUAACUGAUAUUAACUGUGAAGAAGAUUUUCUGUCAGUCGAUACAGAUACGGAUGAAGAAGCUGAAAUAAUGACGAAAAUUAUUGACAUGGCACAAAAUUAUACUUCUACUGAGUGCACAAAAAUCAACGAACAACUUGACCUGGAGGAUAUUCAAAAUAUAAAUCUAUGCAACGUUGAAUUAACUGAAACUAAUCGUAAUACAAUAAAUGAUAAUAGAAUAACAAAAACUGUAAUACAAAGUCAAUUUGUUAAAUUAUUACGACAAAAAGUUAUCAAAUGGUUACAUAUUCAUCAAACAUUAAUUCAAUUAAAUAAAUAUAAAUUGAAACAAUUCAAUAAAGAUCAUUACAAUUAUGGUGAUGAAACUGAAGUUACAAUGAAUAAUACAGAUGAAAUGAUAUGGAAGGAUGAUAGAGUUUUAGAGAAGAAAAUUUAUGACACAGUUUGUAUAAAUGUUGAAAAUAUGGUCCUGUUAUCAUCCCAUGAAAUCAAGGAAAGAAUUGUAAACAAUUAA